AUGGCUCCCAAGUCUCUUGAUCUUGUCGCCGACGACUACCACUUUCUCGGUUCUCAAUUCACAAAGCCAGUCCCCGUACCCAAGGACCUGUCCCUCUCAGAAAGCACAAUCAUCAUCACCGGCGCAAACACAGGCAUCGGCUACGCCACAGCAGAGAAACUUCUCUCCCUAAAUCUCAAACGUCUCAUCAUCGCAGUUCGAUCUCUCUCAAAGGGUGAAUCCGCCGCUGCCAAACUCCGCACACAGUACUCCACAGCUGAGAUUCUCGUCUGGCAAGUCGACAUGCUCUCUCACAAGAGUGUUCAAGAUUUUGCCGACAAGUGCAAAACUCUCAAUCGAAUUGAUUCCGUCAUCUUGAACGCUGGAACUCAAUGGACUAGAUUUGAGCUUAGUCCUGAAGGUCAUGAGUCUUCGUUCCAGGUCAACUAUUUAUCCACUGUUCUGCUCGCAACUCUUCUUCUUCCCACACUCAAGCAAAAAGCCCCCGCUGGUCAACCUGGACGUCUUACAAUUGUCAAUUCGGGGACUUCCCUGAUGGCUGAGUUUCCCAACGCUGACGAUGAUAAUGUCCUGGCGCACUACGACGAUGAAAGCAAGUUUUCUGGCGGUAUUAACCCCGUACCCUCAUACGCCAAGCAAAAAGCUCUCGCGCACUUUUGGGUUUACAAACUUGCUGAGCGUUUGAGUUCUGAUGAUGUGAUUGUCAAUCUCGUCGAUCCAGGUCUGGUAGGAAACACGGAUCUUCAGCAGCAGGGCAACUUUGUGAUGCGGCGAAUCUUCGCUGUGAUGAAGUGGCUUGUUGCGCGGAGCUUGGAGCAGGGUGCAAGUACUCUUGUUCAAGCUGGUGUUGUGAUGGGGAAGGAGAGCCAUGGCUCGUAUGUCAUGGAUUGGCGGAUUCACCAUUACACCAAGUUCUUGCAUACCAAGGAGGGACAAGCCUUUGCUGACAAGGUUUGGUACGAUACGUACAGGGAGUUGUCUUUUGUUAAUGUUGAUGGUAUUCUCAAGUCUUUGUAA